AUGUGUCGUUACUUUGAAGAGGUACGUCUCGGACUGAGAUCAGCAACAGAAGCUCCUGUGACAAUGAGGACGAAACAGAAGCGACGAGUGUGCAUCCUCCUCCCCAACAAGCAGCACCUGGACUGUACCGUCACAGUGAAAGCCAGAGCCCAGGAGGUGUUGAACAGCGUUUUGAAGCAGCUCGGCGUCACUGAUCUCUACAUCUUCGGCCUGGCUGUUCUCAGAGAUAAUGAAUAUCUCUUUCUUGAUUUGGGCCUGAAAUUGAGCAAGUACUUUGGCACAAGAUGGAACAGAAGCUCGAUAACAGUCCCAUUCAUCGUAUUUCUGAGGGUGCAGUAUUAUAUAGAGAAUGGGCAGCUGAUAUUGAGCAGCAAAGUGCAGCAGCUCUACUACACCGAGCUGAGGCAGAAGGUGCUGCGCUCACAGAGCCGCCAGCAGGAAGCUCUGUUCUUCCAACUCGCAGCUUCUGCUCUUCAGGCAGAAGUUGGAGAUCUGGAGCAGAGAUAUGGGAAUGAAGGAGAGGAGGAAAGAUGUUACUUCCUUCCUGAAGAUUACUUCCCCUCCUGGCUGAUUAAACGUCGAGGGCGAGACUACCUGCUCCAGCACUGCCCUGCGCUGCACGGUGACCUGAGAGGUGUGACACGCAGCCAGGCCACGCUGCAGUUUAUCAAAGAGGCCGGCAGCCUGCAGGACGGACCGGUCACCUUCUACAGGAUGAGACAGAAUAAAAGAGAGCGGAGAAGUUCCAUCCUUCUUGGGGUGGUGGUGAAAGGAGUCCAUAUUUACGAGGAGGUGGAAGGGAAACUGUGUCUGUUAUACGAUCUUUCUUGGACCAACAUUGACCGCUUCACUUUCCAGGGAAGACGGUUUGAAGUUUCUGCUGUCGGGUCUCUGUGUCUCCCUGAGCUGGUGUAUUACACUCACUCUGCCUUCCACUCCAAACACGUCCUGAGGCACCUGACCGACAGUCACCGGCGGCACAUCGACACCAGAGACGCAGUCAGCUACAUGCAGCAGCUGGAGGACAUGGAGGCCAGUCGCUUCUACAACGAGGCCUACAUCUGUGACACAGCAGGCCUGAGACAGCGGCUUCAAACCGACAACCUCACGUCCUCCAUGUCUGACUGCAGCGCUGCAGCGGGAACAAGCACGGCCUGGUCCAAAGAGGAGGAGGAGGAAGAUGAAGAGUAUUUCACAGCUGAAGUUAUGGUUGUGUUUGUGUUGACUGUGGCAGAGUUUGAGUUGUGCGUCGAUGAACCAGAGGAGGUUUUUGUUGAUGACCCAGCGGAGGUGUCCUGGCUGGCUGAGCUGAUCCGAGGUGCGUCUGUGGAUGGAGCCGUAGUGUUCCCUUCCUCUUGGGAAGCCAUCAACAUGGAAGUGAAGUAG